AUGCAUAUGCUCAAUGGCACGCUGUAUGGCGAAGAUAGGACGAAAGAAUUGCUAAAUCGUGAUUUCAACAAAGACGAGUCUUACGUCUUACGACCAAUCGGGAAUUGGGUCUUCAAUCGAGGCUGGUACCUGAAAGACAUCAUCCUAUCUUUGCAUUCCAUGGGACUGGGUCUCUCACGACUUUGCAUCAAGAACUCAUCUGGCGCCAACGCUCCGCUCAAGUUGACAUCGGAUUUUGCGAUUGUACGGUUGACCAAGGCGAACCAGGGAGAGAUCUUCAACGAUGAAUAUACUGAAGUCAAUAGUCUUGCGAAGCAAUUUGGGCUUACUGAACGGGCCAGAGAGAACUUGAUCUUACAACUUGCGGCUGGCGAGAGGACGGUGACGUUGCAGGAGAGGCAUAGGAAGUUGAUCUUGGAGUUUGGGGAGAGUGCGGGAACGAGGCUGACGAGUAUGAGGCAGGUCUUUACGAGUGAGUCUCUGGCCGAUGUGGACUGGGCAGCGCUGAGUGGUGGCAUUGAGGAUUCUCAUGAUUGAGAACAAUAAGCAUUGAGAGUCAGGGAGUAGCGGGGAUGUGUGGAUUCUACAGUCAGAC